GGAAAAUUUGUUUACAUAGAUUGCUUUUGACAUAAAAAUUCAAUGACCAAAAGAUUGUGAUUGCUUUUAAACAUACAUCAUUAUGUACCAGUCCUUCAUGACAUCUUUUAGAAAGAAAUAAUUUUUUUUUGUUGAAUAGAUGAAUAACAAGACUGAAAAUUCUCAAUCCAAAACUGUUGGAUUAGAGAAAAACACUCCUGCGGAAGCUGAUGGAGAAAGCAAUGAAACAUAUUGUGAAAUUUGCAAUAUAAGGCUUACUUCUCACUCAACUUAUCUUGAACAUGUGGCAGGCAAGAAACAUAAGAAGAAAGCUGGUUUGAUGGAUGUUAGUGGAAAAACUAAGAAAGAAGCAACUGAACAUGUGGAUUCUGGCAGGAUGACUUCACAUGAAAAUGUGUCUAAACAUUCCUCACAUGAGACUAAUAUUCCAAGUCAUAUAAGUCAGCAAAAUACGCACAAUUAUUCACCUAACUUUCAAGGAAGAAAACAGUUUUCUUCAAGUUCCUCUGAAGAAAUUAGUGAGGAAAUAAAUCUACAUCAAUCAAAUGAACCAGAAGACAUUAGAAUGGACUCUGAUUCUACCUUUAAAGGGGGAACUAGAAAAAGAAACAAUUCACAAUCAAAAAGUCGUAAAAAGGGAUGUUCUGAUGUUAGUUGCUUUGAUGAUACUAUAAAUCAAGUCCUCAAUUUUGAACAUCAGAGUGAAGAGAGCACAGAGACAUCCUGUUUUCAAAAAUCAAUGCUGGUUUCUUCAGCUAUGUCAACAAUCUUAGAUUCAUCAUCACAGUUUCACCAUUUGUUAUUACAGUCACCAUUCACUAAAAAUAAUGCCAUAGAGGAUCUACUUGCUUCUGAGAAUGAAACACGAGUUAAAGCUGAACCUUUAGAUUCUUAUGAAGAACAACCUAGAUCCUCAGAACUUCAAAAUAUGGGCCUUCCAACUGCCAUUUCAUCAGUAGACUCUUUGAUUGAUUUGUUUGCUAGUGGCAGUAUCAAAGUGAAGCAAGAGUAUGAUGAUCCUUUGAUUGAUGUGAUAAAAUCAGUUGAUCCCAGUGUAUUGGUGAAAGCAUGUGAAAAUGAUCCCGCCAUGAAACAGAUGUCUGCACUUAUUGAGAGUAACUUUUUGAACCAAGCUUAUGAAACUAAUUUAAUAAAGAUACCAUAUUCAAGAUCAGAUAACACAGAUAAGGUGUCUAAACAUUCUUCAAAUUCUGUUUUAAAUGCUCCUAAUGCAUUGAGUUUUCAACCGAAAUCAUUAGGUGAUAAAAACAAAGCACCAGCUGAUAUCACUGAAAGAUCAGCUGAUGUAAAUGAAAGUUUACCAGAAAGUAUAAGUCCAGAUAAUCCAGUUGUUGGUGAACCUGUUUAUGCUGGUUCAUGUAAUCCAGUUGAGAAACCAGAUCUUAGUCAACCUGAAUGUGCAGGUUCUCGUGAUCCAACUCAGAGGCCAGAUCUUAAUCAACCCGAUUGUGCAGGUUCUUCUAAUUCAACUCAGAGACCAGAUCUUAAUCAGACAGAAUGUGUAAGUUCUUGUAAUACAAUUCAAGGACUAGAUGUUAUUCAACCGGAAUGGGUUGAUUCAUGUAAUCUAGCACAGGGACCAGAUGUUAGUCAACCAGAAUGUGUUCGUUCACAUAAUCAAGCUCAGAGACCAGAUGUUAGUCAAACCGAACGUGUAGGUUCUUGUAAUUCAAUUCAGAGACCAGAUAUUAGUCAACCUGAAUCUGCAGGUUCUCAUAAUUCAAAUCCAGUUCAGAGACCAAUUGAUAGUCAUGCACCUGUUGUGUCAGAAGGAGUUUCAAACCUUUACCAAGAGCAAGACAUAAACCCAGAAACCUUUUCAGAACCUUUUCCCAAAGAAACAUCAGAAGUCAUAAAAACUGAAAGGUUACCAGAAUGUGAUGAAGGGGUGGUAUACCCUCAAAUGGAAGAUUUGGUAAAAGAACUGAAAACUUUGUCAUCGAUGGAAACAGAUGUUAAAAAAAAUUUGUUACUUGCUGAUGAAAAAAUUGGUUAUCAUCAAAGGAUAUUAGAAGAAUGGAGGAGUAAAAAAUUACAGUAUCAAACAAAAGAGGAAGAAUUGAGAAUAAAACGAAAUAAUGUGAUACAAUUAAUGCAAGUGGUCUUAGGAAGAAAAUCAGAAUCUUUUCCUUGUUCGUCUGAAACUUCAUCGAAUUCUUAUGCCGAAAAUACUACUGACAUUGCAACAAACUCCAACCCAGACAAUGUGCCUUCGCAAUACAACAUUCCAGAAGACAGAAAAGAUAUUACAGUCAAUUUGACAGAUUCAAUGCAUUCUGACAUAGAUCAUCAUUUAUUUGAAGAGACAAAUGGAACCAAUGAUGAUGCACCGGGAAGUGAACCUGAUGUAUGCAUUUUAGAUCCUGUUGUGAAAGAUAAUGAUUUUCCUGUAAUUGAUCUUGAAGCUGAAAAUCUAGAACAAAAUUCUGACAGUGUAAAUGUUUCCAAACACAAUAUGGUUACAAACAUAGUUGCAAGUUCAAAAAAGAAAAUUUUUGACGUAAAAUCAUUUUCUGCCCACCAAACAGUUGUCAACUAUCUGAAGGUCUAUGGAGGCUAUUUAUAUACUUGCUGUAACGACUGUACUGCAAAAAGGUUUUGUUUAAAUGACAUAAAUGAAGUUGUUACUUACAACCAUACUGACAAAAAUGUAUCCCAACUCUGUGUGAAUAGAGCAGGAGGUCGACUCGACAGUGCCCAAAACCAAGUGGUUCUUUUUACUUUGUGUUCAGGCAAUAAUAUUGUGUCAACAUUUGCUGCAAAUGAUGGUAAAUUAUUGAAGACAUAUCAUCACAUAAACAAAAUUACAUGCAUAUGUACAGGCUGGAAUCUGUGCUAUAUUGCUCUUGCUGGUGGAUCCGUAAUCUCCCUUAACUUGAAGGAAGAGCAAGAAAUAAUUAAAAGUCAAAACGGGUCUUUGGUGCGCAUAGCGACAGCUCACCAAGGAGGCAUCCGAGUUCUGGUCACUCUGACAAUUUCUGGUGUGAUCUCAAUUCACCAUGCCAUAACCGGCUUACUGAUUAGAUGCCUGAAAGAUGUCCUGAAGCCGCCUGCACACAUGUCAGUGUACAAUGAUUAUGCAUUUUUUAGCAGUAUUGAUGCAAUUUCAAUAUUGAAUAUUUCAACGGGUCAAAUUGAAAGGAAAAUUCCUUUGAGUAAUCCAGUUACAGGAUUAGUAAUUGAUAAGGACUACAUCUUCACAUCAACAUUCAGGGGUGCGAUACAGUGCUAUCUUAUAAAAGAGGACAGAAAUGUAAAGCCCUGUGAUGUUGCUAACUUCAAAGCUGUAACUUGUAUAGAUGUUUCUCAGAACUGGGUAUUUAUUGGAAAUAGAAAUGGAGAAAUUGCUGUCGUAAAGUUUUCUGCUGGUCAGCAAAAUGUCUUUGACAGGAGAAACACAUGAUACUUUUAUGUGUGACAAUUUUCUUCAACACCAAAAUUUAAAAAUUGAACCAGAUUUGUAUCAAAAAUGUCUUUUACAAAUGGAUGUUUCAUCAAUGCACUCCAAUUGUUCAGAAAAAUCAUUUUGUUAAAUGGAAUUCUUUGUACAUAACUGUACAGAAACAAAAAUUUGUACUUGUUAAGCUU